GUCCGCCCAGCUUGGCGGAGUUUGCAGCAUAGUGCUGCCGAGCUGGUCGUCGCCCUUAUAUAACUUUAAUGCCUCCAGCUUGCAUGACGCAUUGGCGACAUUUAUUCAAACGAAGAAUCCGUCGACAGUUUUUUAAAAUUCACACUAGCAUAUAAACGAGUACUUUUCUGUGAGUGUUUUUAUACGCGCGUUUCCUUUAAUGAUUUACACCUCUUGAGUGGGGGAAAGUGGAGCAGGCGAGACACGGGAGGCUUCGACUCGGAUCUGCUUCCUCCUCCUCCGUCGACAUUGUUUACUUUAGUUGCUAAAUAGUUAGCUCUCAGUCGGAUUAUUUAUUCGAGCAUAGGAGAAACAUUGUGGUGUCGUCAACUGGACGGUAUGUUUUUUUUUUAUUUUUUUUUUUAAAUCUGUCUGGACUUUGUGUUUGUGACUCAUUUUGACUGGAGAUGACUUAAACGACAAAGGUGGCAUCUUCUUCUAAAACAACAGUCUCAACCAGACCCUAGCUCCAGUGGCCCCCAGAAUAACAAAAUGGAUCGGGGUGGACCGAAUUGCAAUGGUAAUCCAGACGGCCGCCUGUCAUUUGCAGAGUCUGGAGUAUGCGGAGAUGGGGGUAACGUGACCCCUGCCAUAGCCCCACAUGGACGGGGUGGAGCCAAAGACCAGGUGGAGCUAGGAAGUCUUUUUGACUCCCAUCCGCAGGUCAUGUGCGAAGGGUCUGAUAUGAAACCGGGUAAAAUGAUCAGACUCGAGAAACAGGAUAUCGGUGUGUUCAACAUCGAGGAUGACUUGGCGCUCCUGAAUCAGAAUAUUGCAGAACUGGACAACACGUCCACGUCUGUCCUCCCACUGCCAGACCUUUUCCCCCAGCACAUCAAACAGGAAGGCGACUUCUCAUUGGAUAAAGAAUUGGGUCCCUGCGGCGGACACGCAGGUGCUACUUCCUGUGAAUUGACAGGGACUCGCCUGAUUGAGGAGAGCGAACUUUGGAAAGACCUGGACCUUUCCGGAUCCCUGCCGGAGAUCGGCGAGUUUGAUUUGGGUUCGGAAGUAGCUCACUUGGAUAACAUCCUGCACGAUAGCAGCAUCGUCGGCGGACCCAUCGGAGGUUUACCAAAAGUAACAAAACCGCCCGUGAAUAACGGCAGGAGCUGUCAAGACUCGAACGACGCAAGCCAGCAACAACAGCACGCCGUCCUCCACCAUCCUCACCAGCAACAUCACCUUCUACAGCUUCACCAUCAACCAUCACUUCUGUCCAGCGUCGUCAUCAAGGAAGAACAUCAAGACAACGCAUUCGUACACAAUCCCGGUGCGGUCAAGUCGGAGAAGCAGGAACGGCUUCCCUUCUGCCAGUCUCAGUGUCUCCAAGGCAGCAUGGGGUCACUCCACACCGAGGCCCCGUUGUCCUCGUCCAUGGACUCGAUUCCUGACUACUGCUACAGAACCAACCCGACCCCCAGCAUCAUAGACCGAAAGCCCUUUGGCAUGUACUCAAACCCAACCCCGGUCGGAGAGAGCUGGAUGCGAGGGGAUGGGUAUGGCAAGGUCCAGGUGGUUCCGAGGGCCAAUGACGGACUCUCCACCACGACUGCUUUGACCUCGUACCCUCUCAGCUUCUCAGGAUCAUCACCUAGAGCGGCAGCAGUGUCCAACAGUUCUGUGGUGGUGCAGGGCCAGUCCAAACCCAAUGGACAGGCCCACAAGGUGUGUUUGGUGUGCUCGGACGAAGCCUCCGGAUGCCACUACGGGGUGGUAACCUGUGGCAGCUGCAAGGUGUUCUUCAAGAGGGCCGUGGAAGGAUGGAGAGCACGACAAAAGACAGAUGGUCAGCACAACUACCUAUGUGCCGGGAGGAACGACUGCAUCAUCGAUAAGAUCCGCAGGAAGAACUGUCCGGCCUGCCGCUUCCGCAAAUGCCUUCAAGCUGGAAUGAAUUUAGACGCAAGGAAAAACAAGAAGUUGAUGAAAACGAUGAAAACAAAGGAGGGCCCUCCAUUACCGCCGGAGCACGUCCCCUCCAUGCAGGUGGCGGUCAUCCCCGCCUGCAUGCCCCAACUGACACCCUCCAUGCUGUCGGUGCUCAAGGCGAUCGAGCCCGAGAUCAUUUACUCGGGCUACGAUGGCACCCUGCCUGACACGUCGUCACGCCUCAUGUCCACGCUCAACAAGCUCGGCGGACAGCAGGUCAUCUCUGCGGUCAAGUGGGCAAAGUCGCUGCCAGGCUUCCGUAACCUGCACUUAGAUGACCAGAUGACGUUGCUGCAGUGCUCCUGGCUCUUCCUCAUGUCCUUCAGUCUGGGCUGGAGGUCCUAUGAGCAGUGCAACGGGAGAGUGCUCUGCUUCGCGCCCGACCUCGUCAUCAAUCAAGAGCGCAUGAAGCUGCCCUUCAUGACGGAGCAGUGCGAGCAGAUGCUGAAGAUCUGCAACGAGUUUGUGCGUCUGGAGGUGUCCUACGAUGAAUAUCUGUGCAUGAAGGUGCUGCUGCUGCUCAGCACAGUUCCUAAAGAUGGCCUGAAGAGUCAGGCGGUGUUUGACGAGAUCAGGAUGACGUACAUCAAGGAAUUAGGAAAAGCCAUCGUGAAGCGAGAGGAGAACACCAGUCAGAACUGGCAACGCUUCUACCAGCUAACUAAGCUACUGGACUCCAUGCAAGAGAUCGUGGAGGGGCUGCUCCAGAUUUGCUUCUACACGUUUGUGAAUAAAACCCUGAGUGUGGAAUUCCCAGAGAUGCUGGUGGAGAUCAUCACCAACCAGAUACCAAAAGUCAAAGACGGGAGCGUCAAGCAGCUCCUUUUUCAUCAGAAGUGACCGCCUUAAAAUUCUAUAGCCAUGCCUUAAAAAAAAAAAAAAAAAAAAAAAAACACACACACACACAAAUCCUGACUGUCUUUUUGCUAAAGUGUGUGUGUGGGCUUAAUUAUUAUUAUUAUUAUUAUUGGCAUUGGAUGGACCUCACAGCGUCAGAAGCCCCGCCUCCUCAUCUACUCUCAGGUUUGCGAGGACUUCAGAGAACAGAUUUUGCCUCCUCCUUCCAUCCUCCUGCGACUUAAUGCUGUUUAUAUCACGCUUUCACCUUGAGACAUCCUCAAAUGUCUUUGCCCCAAACCCCCCCCCCCCCCCCAACCCCCAAAUCCAUGCCAACUGUUUGUCCCCUCGUGCCGCCUAACCCUCGGAAUGUAGUCAUUUCCAUGUGAGUUUCUACACACCUAUACCACCUAAAUGACAAAGUACACCCCCCCAUAUAAAGACAAUAUUGUCCACUGAUUGUAUGCACAUUGUCCAUUUAGCAUUUAGCAACAACAGCAUGUAUGUGACAAGGGGAACGAGUGCCUUUCAGCUUGCUAAGCUCCUCAGAUGUUUGUUUUGGUUCUUUUAAGUACACAAUAUUGCUACUAGUUUGAUUACCAGAAAGAGGAAUCACAGCUUUUGCAACCUUAACAGAUUUUUUUUUUGAUGAAAAACACAAUUUUAAGAAAAAAAAACAAACAACAACAACAACAAAAAAGUUGUGAUGUUGCCAGAGUAAUGCAAUUUUACGAGAAAAAGUAUGUUGAAAUUUUAGGGAAGGGAAAAAAUAUUUGUGCUUACAUAACCAAAUAAAAAGGGCGCUCUUAGUGCAGUAUUUAUAAAUGACCGUAAUUUUCCGCUUCUUUUUUCUCAGUGAGGACACGUUAGCUAAAAUGGAAAAUCACGACAAGCUUGUCAACCCAUCGGAAAUUGUUGGAGGUUAUUACUCAAUAUAAAAGUCUGACUCACUCUGUAAUCCUAAAAAAAGAAGACUAAAAUCAUCACACAGCAACUUAAUAUCAUAUCCAAAAACCAAUACAGGUUUUGAAAAAAAACAACUAUUUUAAUGGCUUCAACUGGCUCUGGUGGAUUGAAUAAAUAUUAUAUAUUCCUUAGCUACCUUCUGAGUGUUAAGUUGCUGUGUGACGACUUUAUAAAUCAUGAUUGGCUCCAUUUAAAUAAAGAGCUACCUGGUCCUCACGGUCUCGUUAUUACUCAAUAUAAAAGUCUGACUCACUCUAAUCCUAAAAAAAGAAGACUAAAAUCAUCACACAGCAACUUAAUAUCCUAUCCAAGCACUAAUACAGGUUUUGGGAAAAAAACAACAACUAUUUUAAUGGCUUCAACUGCCUCUGUCCACCAGGAGGCUGGCUCUGGUGGAUUGAAUAAAUAUUGUAUAUUCCUUAGCUACCUUCUGAGUGUUAAGUUCCUGUGUGACGACUUCAUAAAUCAUGAUUGGCUCCAUUUAAAUAAAAAGCUACCUGCGCUUGCCACAAUAUGUCUUUUUAUGACGUGUGGUUUAUGUAUAUGUAGGUACAAAUCUGUUUUUCCCUCUAAGAAAUUACGUGAAAAAGUGGCUGUGCAGGCAAAUACAAGUACAAGUACGCAAAGGAUGCAGUUUGAUCCCGGGGUAAAUGUUGAAUUUGACAUAAAAAAAAAAUGUUAAAUCUUCCCCAGCAUCCAUCUUUAUUUCAUAAUGUGUGAACCAGUUAAAAGACACAUAUGAACAGAUAUUGUAUGUACUGUAAUAUUUUUUUAUUUCAUUUGGUACAGUGUAAAAAGAAGAAAAAAAAUGUUGAAAACCCCAUGAAGCUCUAUUCUAUAUUACAGGUACAAAGCUCAGGCUCGGUCACUGCAGGUUUGACAUCAUGAAUGGCUUCUUCUUUCAAAUGUGUGUUGACGCAGUAGCGGCCAUUAGCUUCAGGGUGCUCUUCAUGAUGAGAUUGUCACACCAGCUUCAAAAGUACUGCAGGUAAACUGAUGGUAGCCUCUCCUAGCUCUUUUACUUCAGAUGCAUAACACAACUUGUAUUUUUGCAAAGGACAGAAAAUGUAUUUUUAUUGCCCCUAUGCAGGCUCUUCUAGGUACAUUUUUUUGCAUACGAAAAAAAAAAAAAUACAGUGCCUGAUGAAACUGUGCUACAAAUAAGCCCCUCCUCCCUUUGCUUACUUUAAUGUGGAACACAUUGAUUUCAGUGCUCCAAGCUCCGAAUGGCAGUUAACAGAGCAGGUAGUGAGUGUUACCAUGGCGACUGGUCAUUUGUGUGUGUGUGUGUGAGACUUGGAACUCACAGCACAGCAGGCCUCUUGACACACACAUACACUAGGUGAAAGGUUGGGAAUAUUUGUGUUUGGCAGAUUGGGACGAUGCCGGUAGCUUUUAUGCUUUUAUGCUAAAUUGUGAGACACACAAACACCAGACCCGAUCACAACAAGCACAACAAUCCCUCUGGGCUGUUGCUGCAAUAACCCACACUAAGCUAAAAUCGAACUCUGAACCCUCGACAUCACUUCCUGUCUGCCCGCCACGCCACCCCACUUAGGAAAAACAUUUCUAUCCACACGCACAAAUUUUUAUUUAUCUUUUAAGUUGUUUAUCUACUCUUGAUUCUGUCUACUAUAUUGGGCAAUAUAAAAUGUGUCUAUAGGGGUGCUAUUUCAUGUGUAGAGGUCUCUAAUAAUAAUAUUAAAAACCAUAUUUAAAAGUCCGUAAAACGAUUUUCACUUAUCACAGUUGUGAUAAGCACAACCAAUUAGUAGUGAUAAACGAGGGAUUACUGUAUUGCUAAUUAAUUAAUUAAUGAAAGAAAAAAAUUGUAAUAUAAGAGUUCAGAUAUUUUACGUGAAAAAUGUCGGCGUUUUACAGGGUAAAACGUUGAACAAAAAUUAAUUUGUGACUUUAAAAAAGCGUUAAAAUAACAAAACAUGAAGUAGUAAUUGUAAGAACAAUUGACAAAGGUCGAAUUUGUGAUUUCUUAUUAAUGUAUGAAAAAUAUUCAGAUUUUAUGAGGAAAAAGUCGUAAUUUCAAGAGCUAAAUUGUAACUUGAAACGGUAAAGGUAUUUCAUACCAUUACAUAAUAUUACAGUGUUCCAUGUGAAAUCCAUAUAUGAGUUUUAAGGCUGUAAAACCCAUCCACUUUAUACUUUUUAUACACUUUUCUCAGACAGGAAAUAACAUUUUUCGCAAUUUUUGUCUUAUUUAAACACUUUCAAAAAAGUUCAAACCUUCGUUUCAAUUUUAAUCAUCAACCUCCAGGUCGGACACAAGAAAUUAUUAAGUCGCUCAGGCAUAUUUUUCCACUCCUAUGGCCUUGCCUUUUCUUCCUGAAGCCGUUCCACUGUGCUGUAGGAUUUCUGUAUCCUUGUUAAACUAUAUUACUGCAGUACUCCUGUUGGUGUCCACAUCCUUUCAAUUGAAAGGUCAUUGACAAGGGAGCAAGGAGACACGGCAGGAUGUCACAAAGGAGAUUGAUUGGCAGAAACAAUGGGCGGUGCAAACAGACGGCAAAGGGAAGUAGGAGAUUUCACAAUGCAAUUCUUCUUAAACGGCCAGUAGCAGUGAAAAAAAAUUCUGCAAAAAGGUGAACCGCGAUAGAGCGAGGGAACACUGUGAAGAUGAAAAUAAAGUUUUACAAUAUUAUACUCACAGCAAAACAAGGAGAACGUCACACUUAAAGUCAACCCUGCAACGAGACCCACCCAGCUGUGGGAUUGCAGUCCAACUCCAGCUGUUUUGUAAAUUUAUUUCAUCCCAAAAAAAUUGUUUCUUACAAAUGAGACAUCGUUUAAAAGGGUAAGAAUGUGGCUUUUCAGCGGUAUAAAAUGUAUUAGCAAAAAGACAUUUUACAACCCAGAAAAAAAAACACACAUUUCCCAACUUUAGCCACCAUUUUAGGCAUUUUCAGCCAAAUACAGAGAGCCAUAGUACACAUUUUUGGUGAUUGUUCAAUAGAAUAAGAAUAAUAUAUUUUAAGAGGAGAUAUUUUAGAGAGUAAAUAUUUGAUCCCACACCGGGGGAGGGCUUAGUCUGUGAAUGGGAGGUGGGGGGUGCCGAUCAAAUGUUGUGGUUUUAUCAAGAGUGACCAAAUAAAAAAAUAUGACAGACGUGUUCAGUUACAUUUUUAGUAGCAUCUCUAUUUUAUUUUCUUAUCUUUUUUUUUUUUAACGUCCAAGCUUUGGCUUUCUUCUAUAUUUGCUGAGAGGAUAAACUGGUCACUUUAAAAAAAGAAAAAUAUUUUAAAAAAGGAAGGACUCCACGUGUAAAUCUAGCAGAGCCGGAUGAAACUCCACCACACUGAAAAAAAAAAAAAACUGUUGUAUGAAAUCUAUUUUGUAUAAUAAAAUAAAAUGUUAUCUUUAAAGAUUUUUAAGGGCGGAUCAAGUUUGGCUUAGUCUUGUUUGGUUCAUUUUAAUGUCAUCUGAUGUAAAGACAAACACAAUGUAUGUUUGUUUGGAGCGGGGAGGGUAACAAAAAAAAAAUCUCUAACUUGUGGAUUACACCUCCUCUGUCGUCCUUGUCGAUAUUUUGGCCUCUUUGAUUCAAUGUUGAAUUAUCUGUUCUUGUUGUUUGGUUGACUGGGAAGAAGUGAUUUGAGUUGAGGCGUAUUACACAAUAAAGUCAACUGUUUUUUCCAACCA